AUGGCAGUUACAUCGGACGCCUCUGCGAAGUUAGAAGAGGAACAGGAUCCAGUAAUUUGUCGUGACUGGUCUGCGAAUUCUUUGGGCAAAUUAACAGCCCGUGACUUCGGUGUUUAUGAAAUUGAUUCCAAGCUUUCCUCCAAAAUGUUGCAAUCGUCUCUACAAGCAGGAAUCAAUUUGAACCAAAUAGUUGAUAUAGCUAAUGAAAUUCAAGUCAAAAGCAAAAGUGCUACUGAGAAGGCAAUUACUGAUUCCCUGAACCAAGUGGAUGUUCUGUUUGAAGACGCAACAUUUUUCUCGAUGGAUAAGGCAAUAAAUGAAGUUGUGGGACUACUUUCUAUUCGAUUACGAGAAGAAUGUAAUCGCCUACGAUCGGAGGUGCACACAUCAAUUCUAAAUAUAAUCUCAACGGAACUGUCAAAGACAAAUUGUUCGUUUGGUACUCUAAUCUACCAACUAGAAAGUUUGCGCGAGCUAGCCAAGCAGUAUGAAUUGCAGCUAGCCAAACGCGAGAGUGUUAUUGAAGUGUUAAAGUCAGAAAAUGCACAGGCUAAGGAAGCAUCUGAACGCAAAGUCCUUGUCGAACGAAAUUUGCGCAAAAAAGUCUACAACCAGCUGGCUUUCGCACACGCUCGUCGAGUCCUCAUGCUGCGUGUGUGGACCUCGUGGAAGAGGAGUCUUGAAUGCACAUGGAAGCGACGCGUUCAGAAGCGUCUUGAGAAGGAGGCCCAGCAAGCGUGUAUCAGAAUCUCCCAAGACUAUGAAAUUAAAAUUGCAGAACUCCGUGAACGCCUGCAGGCCGCUGAAUUGAGGUGCAAGAAGGCGGAGAUGCUGCAGGCUCGCACUCACGAAAACUUGAAGUCGGCCUUAAUGCGCGGCGUUUGUGCUCUCAACAUGGAAACAAUGUCUGUGCUGCAGCCAGAUGAUGCUGAAAUCUCCGGCGAGUCGCCUGUCGGCGGUGUCAGCGUGCCCUCUGCUAGGGUCUAUCGGGAAAACAAAAACUGGGAGAUAAAUAAAGACUGUCGGUCGCCGACCACCACGUUGGGUGACUCUGCAAUCAUGAAAUCCUGCGUUGAAUCCGAAAAACCAGAAAGACUGCGGUCCCCCGAUCGUUGGGCUCACUCUCCCCCCAACGAAUGCAGCACGUCUGGCCGCAACUUCAGCGCCUCGAGGGUGAAGUUUGCGGACGAACGACCUUCCCGCGGCGUGUUCGCCUCCAUAGAGCCCGUAGAUGUGGUCACUGCAACCUUCGCCGGCUUUGACAUUAACCGCAGCCAAAAUGGCGUCUUCAGGGCCCAUACCGUCCAGCACGGCGCACCAGCUGGACCGAGUGUCUACAGCUCUGCGUCAUUCGGAACCAUUCAGGUCCAGCGGCAUAACUCGACAAGUCAGGUUUGUUUUGUUUGGCUCAAUGCUUUUGGUUGA